AUAUUGAUGGCAAAGCUGUAAUUUUUUAGGUGACUUUGGCUAUGCUAUAUUUGAAAAAGGAAGAGAAGAAACAUAAACAGAACACAACACAAGAGACAGAGAAGAUCUGUGAAAAGAAAGCGAAAGAUGGCUGCAGAAGAAGGACAAGUGAUCGCUUGUCACACCGUGGAGGCAUGGAACGAACAACUCCAAAAGGGCAAUGACUCCAACACUCUUGUGGUGGUUGAUUUUACGGCUUCCUGGUGUGGACCAUGUCGUUUCAUAGCUCCAUUCUUUGCUGAUUUGGCUAAGAAACUCCCUAAUGUGAUUUUCCUCAAGGUUGAUAUUGACGAACUGAAGACAGUGGCGAGUGACUGGGCGAUUGAGGCGAUGCCAACCUUCAUGUUCAUGAAAGAAGGGAAGAUUGUGGACAAAGUUGUUGGGGCCAAGAAAGAUGAGCUUCAGUCUACUAUUGCCAAACACUUGGCUUAACUAAACCUUUUACAUGUCUUCUGUCUUAAGAUAUUGGAUUUUUUGCUUUUUACUAACUGUUGAGAUGUUAUGACUUGUUCCCUCUUUGAUAUGAUGAUUCCUGUUUAAUCUCGUCUGAUGAGAUUGUGACUUGCUAGUGAGUUUGUUGAAUUAUUAUUUUGCUUUGUUUAUCCAGUUGCUUUUUAGUU